GGGUGACUAGCUGCUAGCUUGAUGGUGCUGAAAAGUACCAAAUGUGAGGGCGUGGUGAACUAUGUGAACCACGCUCAAGGCUAUGGCUGGAUCCGUUGUCAGCCGGGGGAAAAGCAGUUCGGCUGCGAUGUGCUCAUCACUGAUCUCCAGGACUUGAAGAUGGGCGACAGGGUGCACUUUGAAAUGCAGCGUGAUCCCGAAACGGAGCGACCGCAGGCGAAACAGAUCACCGUGAAGCCCCGACCGUUUAGGUCCAUGGCCGAGUUGAUGGGAGAUGCCAUGCCCUACAGGGCGGAGCGGGACCCGCGCGGCGCCAUCGAAGUGCUGAAGCAGAAACGUGAUCUGCGGAGCAUCGGUGUGGCGUUGUACCAGCCGCCGACACAGCAACCUGUGACGCCAGCGGCCUUUCUGGGUCCUGAGGCUGACUACCCGGCGAGACAGUACUCACCAGCUCGAGCCGCAGACGCCGGUGCGGAUGCCGUGGCGGCAGAUCCCGCCGUGGCGGCGUUGGUGCCCAAUAUGGGCUCACCCUGUGUGCAGCCCAAGGCCAACCCCGGACAGGUUACAGUAGAUUCCCAGGGAACCUGA